AUGAACAUUGAAUAUGGUGGAUCGAGAAGUUUUGAAAAGUAUAUUGGAAAUAAAGAAGAGAAAAUUCCUUUAUCUUAUAAUAAAAAAUACGAUGUAGAAAUAAAAGAAAGUUCUGAAAAUUUAAAAAAUGGGCCAUUAUUAUUUAUGAAUUGUAAUUUUUAUAUUGAUGAUUUAGUAAGCUUAUAUUCUCUUUUUAAUUCAAAUGAAGAUGUUAGUAUUCCAAACACAGUACUUCAUAAUGAAGAAAGUUAUAUGAGUAGUACUAAUAGAACUACAAGCUACUAUACUAUGAAUUGUUCAAUUAAAUCAGAAUUUUCCUACGAUAACACAUAUAAUGACUUAAAUAUGAUUGAAAGAGAAAUGAAUAAAACACCAAAAAAAAGUGAAUCUUAUAUGAAUGAUGAAUUAAAUACAACCAACACUUUUGAUACUUUUAUAGAAAGCUAUCAAAAUAUUUCUACUUGUAAACCAAGUAUAUAUAAUUCCUACAUUAAUAAAAAAGAAAAGUUAGAAAUAUUAAUAUUGCAAAAUGGAGGAAUAAUACAUAAUACACUGACAAGUGAAGUGACUCAUAUAAUUAGUAAUAAUAUGGCAUUAGGAUCAAAAAAAUAUUUAGACUACAAAAAAGCAAUUAAAAAAUCAAAAAUUUUUAUAGUAAUAGAUAAAUAUAUAUUUGAUUGUGUUAUUUCUAAAGUUCGUUUACCUGAACAACUUUAUUUACCACGAGCAUUACGCUAUAAUUGUCAUCAAAUAACUGAAUAUUUUUCAUUUAAAAAAAGGAAAAAAAUAAAUAAUCAAAAUAAUAAAUCUUCUUUAAACUGUUCCUCGAAUAACAAUAGCAUAACUGACACCAAUAUUAAGGAGGCAUCGGAUAGUGUCUAUAAUAAUGAAAAUUAUAUUUCGAAUAAUAUAAACAAUAUUAAUAAUGAUAAUGUAAAUGAUAAAGUUACUAUUUGUAAUAAUUUAGAUAACAAUAGUUCUAGUAAUUUAAAAGAAAAUUCUAUUACACAAAAUAAUAAUAUAAUUACUAUCAGAAAGGAAGAUAAAAAUGUAGAAAUCUGUUAUACUCAGGAUAGGCAAAUGGCCAUAUUAAAUAUGCAAAUGGAUUAUAAAAAUUUAAAAAAAUAUAUAAUAUGUAAUCCAUAUGAAUAUUUUAAAAAGUUAUACAACUUUUAUAUAGACAAAGAGUUGAAAGAAACAAUUUUUUCCAAAGAAUCUAAUUUGUAUAUAAAUGAAAAAAAUUUUGACGAAUUUUCAAGAAAAUAUAGAUUAUUAAAUCAUUUAAGUGAAAAUGAAAUUAAAUGGAUUAAAGAAAAAAGCAAACUAAAUAUAAACAUAAAAAAUGUAUGGGAAAAUGACAUAAUUCAUUUUUUUUUUGAUGUUGUUUUAAAAAAAAAGAAAAGUUAUGAAAAUAAAAACAUGAUAUCAGUCUUCAACAAACAUAAAAUGGAAAAAAAUGAUGAAAACAAAUUUAUAGAAAAAGAAAAUGAAGAAAUAAAAAAAUAUAAAAAAAGUAAUUCUAAUGAUGAAGAAAAUGAAAAUAAUGCAUCAAAUAAAUUAAUAGAUAGUAUUAGUUGCUAUUUAUAUAAUUCAAGAUUAUAUAUAUUAGGAAAUUGGAAUUAUAUAACUAAAGAAUUUUUCAAUUUUGAAGAAAUAAAAAAAAGUGAGAAUAGAAAAUUUGUUUAUCUAUAUAUCGAUUUUGAUGAUUAUUUUUUAAAUGCAAGUAUAAAAAAUAAUAAUUCAAUAAAUUAUCAAAAAAAUGCAAAUAGUGAAAUUUUAUGUGUAUGUCAUAGUUUAAAAAAAGAAGAAAGUUAUGGGGUAAUAAGUUCAACUAAUUAUUGGGCAAAAAAAAAUAAAAUUUAUAAAGGUAUGUUAAAAGGAGAGGCAACCAAAUUACAUAAAAAUAUUAAUUUUAUAAAAUAUGAUUUUAGUAAUAUAUUAAAAUGCAGUUACUUGUUUUUAUUAGUAUUAAUAAAUUAUUCAAAAAAUGUUAAAGUUAUGUCAGUAGAUGAAUCGAUAGUUCAAUUAUUUUAUGAAAAAGAAGAAGAAAUUUUUUAUAUUGCCAAAAGAAUUUCUGAUGAUAUUUAUGAUUUAACUAAAUUAAAUGUAUCCAUAGGAAUUUCGAGUAAUUUAAAUUUAUCAAAGAAAGCUUUAAAAUUUUGUAAAAAACGUUUUUUAUUUUUCGAUUUUUAUCAUCAUUUUAAUAUAUUUAUAAGAAAAUAUAUUGAUAUGAAAAAAGAGAAAAAAACAGAAGAAAAUUUCGAAUGUAAUUCCGUAGAAAAAACCUUUUUAGUAAAUAACGUAAUAGAUAAAAAUAUAAGUAGUAAACAAAAAAUAGGAAUAGAACAUAAUAUGAAACCUUUGCUAACUACAAAAAUAGAAAAAAAUGAAGAAGCAAAUAGGAACAAUGAUGAAUAUACAAAUAUGUUGAAUAAUAUGGAUAUUGAAAAUUUAUUCAACGAAUAUCUUAUUUUUGAAAAAAAAAGAAACGAAUCAUUAGAAGAUAUAAAUAAAGAAAAUAUUCAUAACAAAGAUAAUGAAAAUAAUUAUUUUUUAAAUAUUAUGAAAGAAAAAAGAGAAAAAAAUGUUGAAUUUAUUUUUGAUAAAUUUAUGCAAAUAAAUAAAAGAAACAUAGAAUACAUUACAAAUACAUUUUUUGAAAAAGUAAAACAUCCAGUAAGUAAACAUUUCUUUUUUUAUAAAAAAAAUGAUUAUUAUUUAAAUAUUUUAAAAAAAUUUAAUUAUUUAAAUGGAAAAUUUAUUAAUUUUAAUAUCUAUUACUAUUCACCUGAUACAAUUUCAGAUAAUAUAGUUGAAGAUCACAAAAAUAAAAAAGGAUUAGAAAAUUUAGAUGAAAAAAAGAGAAUAAACAUUAGUGUUAAUUAUGGCAUAAGGUUUCAAAAAAUAAAUGAUUUUUAUUAUCUUAUAUAUUUUAUGACAAAACAAUUAUAUUUACGAUUAAAAAUAAAAAAUUUAAAAGCAAAAAGUUUAAGUGUGAAUUUUUUUAUGAAAGAUGAAAAUGAAAAUAUAAACCCUCGUAAAUACUUAGGCAGAGGUAGAGUUAUUAAGAUAAAUAGUAAAAUUAAGUUAAGUCAUUAUACAGAUUUUUUUUUUAUAUAUUUUUUUAAAGUUAUAUAUAAUUUUAGUUUUCUUAUGAAUGAUUUAAGCGAAUUAAGAGGUGUUCAAAUUAUUUGUUCGGAUAUUGUGAACGAUAGACAUAAUAUAAAUAAAAAAAGUAUCUUAUAUUAUUUUGAUGUGAAAAAUACAAAUUGUAAAGUAAAAGAACAAUCAAAUAGUGUAAAAAGUAAAGAAAAUAUAAAUUCAUUGAAAACAAUAGAAAAGAAAAAAGAGGAAAAUAAUAAAAUUAUUUCAGAAAUGCAUAAAAAAGAAAAGGACCUACUGAAAACAACUAAAGAAAAAAAAAGAAAAACAGGAAAGAAAGCUAAUCAAUAUAAUACUAUUAAAAGAAAAAAUAAAAAAAAUAAAAUAACAGCGAACAAAAAGAUAGGAAAUAAUAAAGAAAAAAAGAAUACAAACAUUGAUUCAAGUAAAAAUGAAAAAGAUUAUUUUAGUUAUAUUAAAGAUAAAAAAAGUAUUUUAAGAUAUUUUACAAACAGUUUAGGAAAAAUAAAUAUAAGAAAUAAAUUAAUAAAUAAACCAAUUUAUUUUUCUUCCGAAAAAUAUAAAAAAAGAAAUUUUAAAAAUAACUUUAGUCUAAACAAAAAUACUACUACUAUACCAAAAAAAAUGAAAAUUACAAAUAAUUAUAAAAUUUUUGAUUUUUUUCCAAAUAUUUUAAAGAAAAAAAAAAUAAAUAACAUUUAUUCUAACGAAAUGAAAAAAUCAUUGAAUGAAAAGAAUUUAAUUGUGAAAACAAACAUAUUUGAUAGCAUAAUUAAUAAGAGAAUAAAAAUAGAAAAUAAUGUCAAAGAAAUAGGAUGUUGUUAUAUGUGUUAUAAAGAAAUACGUGAAACUGUAAAAGAAAAACAAAACAUGCAUAAUGAUGUUAAUUGUAAAGAAAAAUGUGCAGAUAAUAUAUUUUGUUAUACUUAUGUUAGUAAUUAUUUAAAUUCAAUUAAUCAAAGAAAUGAAAAAUUCAAUUUUUAUAUAUAUAUAAAAAAAAUUCUUUUUUCUUACAUUUUUUAUUUUAACGGUAUAUUUGAAAAUCAUAAUUGUAGUAAAAAAUUAAGAGAUCAAUAUUAUUUACAGAAAUUUAUUUUAAAUGUUUUAGAUAAUUUAUGUGAAACGCUUCAUAAUAAAAGAUCUAUUGAUGUUUUACACAAUUUUUUAAAAACAUUCAAAUAUAUUUGGUGUUUAAAUAAAAGCUCUUUUCCUCCUUUAUUUCAAAAUAUGCUGAUAAAAUAUAAUAUUUAUUAA